AUGAACCAUUUAAAUGGCUUCCACAUUAUGAUAGUUUCGAAAUACUUUUCUUCUUUCCAAGAUUUUAUAUCUCUUGAAUUAGCUUUUAAACAUUUGACAUCAUACUUUUACAGGGAGUUUUACCGCAUUAUUGUCCACGAAGAAGUUGACUACAAAACUGCUAUGAACAUGCUUGACAUAAUUGCUUUCAACAGUCAUUUGUCUGAUUUGGUCACCAAAAUCGAUGAAAAGUGCUUUUUGAAUGAACGAGAAAUGAAAUCCAUUGAUAUACCAACUACAGUCACAUGUAUCGAUAAUGAAUCUAUCUUCCUAUGUUCUUCUCUCACAUUUUUUAUAUUUCCAUUAUCAUUAAGACGAAUAUGUGAUAAAUCUUUUGCUGAAUGUCGAUCAUUAGUCGAAGUAGUCUUCCCAAGUCGACUCACCUCUAUCGGGUCACUAUGUUUUUAUGGGUGUUAUUCUCUCACCUCGGUGAAUCGUCUCUCUGAAAUAAGUAAUUUAGCCUUUUCAGGCUGUCAAGAAUUAUUAGACCUUAAUAUUCCCAAGAGUGUCGAGUCACUCAAAAUGUUAGAAUAUGGUCUGAAAAAUAUUGGAGAAAAUUGUUUCAAUGGGUGUAUUUUAUUGAAUACAAUAGAAAUUCCAGACUCUGUGACUGAAAUUGGUUGGCAGGCAUUUGCCAAGUGUACACAACUCCAAAAAAGAAAAUUUCAAAAUUAUUAUUAUUUUUCAAUGACUGAAUUUGAGUUUUUGUAUGGGACUAAGUCGAUAAAAAGUAUUCAAUCGUCGUGCUUCAUUGGUUGCGAAUCUUUAAAAUGUAUUGAUAUACCCGAGGGUGUAAUUGAUAUUUCAGAUAAUAGUUUUCUACGUUGUACGUCUCUCUCUGAAAUCACUUUUCCAUACACAGUCGAAUUAUUUGGGGUCCAAAGUUUUUAUUGCUGUUUGAUUCUUGAAAGUAUUGAACUGCCAAAAAAACAUAAAGAAACUUCAA